AUGGAAUACACAGUCAUUAAUAACGAGCAUACCGUUUAUAUCAUAGAGGAUUAUCAAAUACUACAAGAAGAGUUUCUACAAACGUUGAAUGCUGUACUGGCGUGCGGAGACUUUCCUGGACUUUUUACUCAACAGGAGUUUGACUCACUAUCGAUAAGGCUCAGUGAUCAGUUGUCGAAAGAUUCAUUUAAUGGCGACGUUCAUGAUUUUUUUGCAUAUAAAAUUAAAAGAUGUAUGCAUUUUGUUCUCGUCAUGGAUUCUGACCAUCCGGAUUUUGUUAGAAGAUGUAUAGAAAAUCCAUUUGUUGUCAAAGAAUGUUCAGUCGUAUGGUACAGUAGUUGGAACGCUGAUACUUUACUGCAGAUUCCGUAUCUUAUACUCGGAAAAAAUGGUUUGGAUAACGAUAGAGAGGUUACAGAGUAUUUUUCACAGCUAUAUGAGCAGGUCCCGCAGAGCGUAGCUCUUCCUUUGAAAUAUUUCUCAUUCAUCAACAACUACGUGAAAAUCUACAUUUUGAUGGGGGUGAAAUUUGCAAAUAUGAGUGUCUUUUGUGGCACUUUAUUAACCGAUAGCGAUUUUAAGGCUGGGAUUGAGAAAUUGACUGAGGCUAAGGAGGCUGUGUCAAAACUACGGUUAGAAGCUGCAAAGAAGAGUAAACUUUUACAGGAAAAACAGGAAGAAGCAAAUAGAGCAUUAAAAGCUAUCUCCGAAGGCAUGACGGGUGCUAAAGAACAAAAAGCCGAUAUUGAAAAUUUGAAAACUGCAGCUGAGAAAGAAAAUGCUAAAAUUGAACAACAGAAACACCUUAUUGAAGAGCAACUUCGUGAAGUAGAGCCGUUACUUAAUGAAGCACGCAAAGCCGUCGGCUCUAUUAAAACCGAGAGCCUCUCUGAGAUUCGAAGUCUUCGAGCUCCCCCAGAAACAGUUCGCGAUAUUCUACAGGCUGUUCUUCUUUUUAUGGGUAUACUGGAUACGUCUUGGGAGGCUAUGCGAAAGUACGUUCAAAAUUGGUUCUUAGCCAAAAGCGGUGUAAAGGAAGAAAUUAUUAACUUUGAUGCUCAUGACGUAAAGCCGGAUGCGCGAAAAAAAGUGCUAUCUUUAGUAAACAGCCGCAGCGCAUCUUUUAAUUUAAAGAAUGCAAAAAGAGCGUCUGCUGCAGCAGCUCCGUUAGCUGCUUGGGUGAUGGCUAAUUUGCAAUAUUCAGCAAUAUUAGAAAAGAUACUACCUCUGGAGCAAGAAAAAGUUAUUUUAACAAAGUUUGUUUUUGAUCUGGAUGACAGCUUGAGGAACUUAACUAAGGCUGAAAGGAAAAUGUGCAAAUUAUCUGAGGGCCUGAAGACAGUCGAUGCAAAAGUUUCUGAGCUUAAAGCAAAUUUUGAGGCUCUUAUGAAAGAAGCGGCUGAAAUAAAAAUUAGUCUUGACGAGGAGCAGGAAAAAAUUUGCGCUGCCGGAACACUGAUAGAACGCUUGAGUGGAGAAUUUGAUCGUUGGCUUCAACAGGUGGAAGAGCUACAGUUUCGGUCUAUUCAGCUGAAACAGUCUGCUAUAAUUUCUGCUGCAUAUAUUACUUUUCUCGGCUUUUUAAGUGAUCAAGUUCGUGUAAAGACGUUAGCUGUGUGGUUAGAGACAUUUCGACUCUCAAAUUUCGAUUUUCUGAAAUUUAUGAGUGAUGAUAAAGAGCAGGUAGGUUAUUUGCUAAGUUGGAAAAAUGAUGAUGCGCCAGCAGAUUUGUUAACUAUGGAAAAUCUUGCUAUUGUUUUUAAUUCAGCACAGAUUCCUUUCAUUAUUGAUCCUAGUGGGGAUAUUGCAAGCUUUUUGGAGAAGCACUAUGAUGGUGAAAAUGUCGAAAAAAUCAGUGCUCUUCAAUCAGACUUUAUUACACGAAUAGAGCUAGCAGCUCGUUUUGGAAAGGUUCUCAUUGUUGAUGACGUGGAAACUAUUGAUCCAUCGCUCUGUACUCGUUGUAUGUUAAGCAUUGGGAAUAAAAUUAUCGAUUAUAAUACGGACUUCCGAAUAUUUUUUUGCACUAAAAAUGGUCACAUCGCACUCCCACAGUACAUUCGGUCAGCAAUCAACGAAGUCAAUUUUGUGACUACUAAAAGUGGCUUAUCUUCUCAGUUGCUAACAAUGGCUAUUAACAUUGAGCAGCCCGAUUUAGAACGCAGAUCUGUCAGAAUAACGAGAAUUAUAGAGGAGAAUAAAGUUAAACUUGAAGAAAUUGAGUACACGCUGUUACAGACUUUGGCCUCUUCUAAGGACAGCUUGCUAAAUAACACGCAACUUCUGGAGUCCUUAAAUAAAAGUAAGGAGAAUGCUGAAAGUAUAUCGACUUCCAUAAGUGAAAGUAAUGUGUUAAAAAAGGAAAUAAACGAAGUAGGUGGAACUAUAUUUUAUUUUUGAUU